AAAUAAAUUAUUCUCUAUCAACAAGUCGCUACCGCGAAGCGAUAACUAAAAUGAUAGCUCAUUUAUUAUUCAUAACAUUAAUUUUUCUUUGUUCCAGGAUUAAUGCAUCGAGCAACUUGUACCCGAGAUAUCAUCUCGCCCCGCCAAAGGGAUGGAUGAAUGAUCCUAACGGCUUUUGUUUCUUCAAUGGCGAAUAUCAUCUCUUCUACCAGUAUAACCCUGAAAGCAGUUAUGAACCUGGAAUAGCACACUGGGGACACGCUAAGAGUGUAGACCUCUUUCAUUGGGAUCAUCUUCCGAUCGCUAUGUAUCCAGACCAAUGGUACGAUGUGGGAGGUGUAUUUUCGGGAAGUUGCAUUGUGGAAGACAAUACAAUGCACCUGUAUUAUACUGGAAACGUUAAUCAUAAAGGAGAAACACCGGAUCAUAAUCAAUACCAGGCUCUAGCGACAAGUACCGAUGGACUCACUGUAACUAAAUUUGAAAUGAAUCCUGUAAUUAACGGUAGUGAAUAUCAACCAGACCUCAGAGAUCCUAAAGUAUGGAAGCAUGGUGAUAAAUAUUACAUGGUUUUGGGUAAUUCAUUCAUAGGAAAUAACAAUGAAAAACUUGGACGAGCUCUCCUUUGGGUAUCAACUGACAAAAUAAACUGGGAAAUGGCAUCUGUACUGUUAGAAUCAGAUGGCAAACUAGGAUACAUGUUUGAAUGUCCAGAUUUCUUUGAAUUAGACGGCUAUCACGUUUUAUUGUUCUCACCACAAGGAAUUAAACCCGAAGGAGAUAAAUAUAGAAAUUUGUACCAAACUGGUUACGUAAUUGGUAAAUUUGACUACGAUACAAACGUUUUUACACCAAUUUAUUCAUUCAAAGAAUUUGACCACGGACAUGAUUUGUACGCGACACAAACAACUUUGGAUGCGGACGGAAAUAGAAUAGUUGUUUGCUGGAUGGAUAUGUGGGAUCAAAACUAUCCAGAAAUGAAGGAAGGAUUUACCGGACACAUGACCAUUCCAAGAGUAAUCAGUCUCACUAAAGAUGGAAGGAUCCUUCAGAAACCUGUAAAAUAUAUAUCUGAAGCAAGAGGUCGUACAAUUCACUCUGGCAAAACACGAGGAGACAAAGUAAUCACUUUAGAUGAUAAUACUGCUGAAAUAAUUAUUGAAACGUCAAGAAUGCGCGACCUCGAGUUAUUAAUAGAAUCAAAUUCGAGUGCAGUAAAAAUAAGUUAUAACCACGUAAGAGGUAUUAUCACUCUUGAUCGAGGCGGUAAUGAUGGAGUACGCCGUACUAAUUGGAAACCUAAAGGCAAAUUGAUUUGGAAGAUUUAUAUCGACGGUAGUUCUAUUGAACUGUUCUGUGGUGACGGUGAGGUCGCAUUUUCAAGUAGAUUCUUCCCAACUGGCCCUGUUAGCGUUCGCUUGGGAAAGCGAAGUGAAGCCGAAAAUAUGAGAGUUAGUAGCAUGAAACGAACAAUUGAUAUAAAACCUGAAGAUGUUCCAGCAGAUGACGUUACCAACGGAUCGACUUAAAGCAACCAAACAUCAUCACUUUUAAAUUGUAAUAACUAUUUAGUGUAUAUAUGUAUGUCAUCGUACAUAGAUAUUAUAUAAACAGCUUAACUUAAUUGUACCUUAUAUCAACCAAAGAUCAUCAGCUAUGAUAAUUACUUAUUAUAUAUUAUCAUACUAAACUAUAUAAAACAAUAAAGAUUUUUUAUGUCAUUACACAUUUAGAAAUUG